GUUCCUGUUCCUACAUUUUUUAAAUGGGGCAUGCUUAUUUAAGAUUGUGAGGAAAGCACACGUGAAAUUAACGUCAAUGUCUGCUGUCUCCCACAGAUAUGGUAUGGAGUUUUGUCUGCAGUCACCAAGAGAACUGGCAUGUAGUGGAACAAACGAGAGGAGAAUGCCAGAAACAGUCUGUGUGUGAUGGAGAGGAGAUCUCAAUUGCCAAUGAUAAGUAAUAGUGUUUAACAUCUGGUGUUUGAGGUUUGUUACAGAAGUUAGAUACAGUACAGUAGUAGAUUUGUUCAAGGGGUUUACAGUUGACUUCUUGGCAUUAUGGGUAUGUGUUAUUCCCAAGGGGAAAUAAUACCUUUGCUACCUCCCUGUUCUACCAACCUGCAUGAAUAUAAGGCUAUACCCUAGACAUGUGUUGGUUUCAACUAUAGAGCCAUUUAAGUAUUUUUCCAUUGUCAGCCAAGAGUGUCUGAAAAUGUUCCUACUUUUUGACAUUAUAGUCAUUUAGCAGACAGUCUUAUCCACACCAGUGAACAGUGACCUGACUGACAAACAGCUGGAUGAUUGGUCAGGCAGCUUGUGUUGUUGUAUUGUGAGUCGUGUCUUGUUGGCUGUGAUCCCAUCUCCACACUAGAGCUUUAUUUAUUUAUUCUGGUCCAGCAGAAGGAGCUCUGGCUGUGAUUUUAUCAGCUCACCAAUGUUUUUUCCUUCAAUUUUAACGCUUUCAACGGCUUUUCUUGCGUCACAAGAAUGUUAUUUUUCCAUUAAUUUAGGGUCAAAUCCUUACUUGACCUCUGUGUGUUAAACUAACAUUGGAUUGAUGUCAAUGCCUAAUGCACAGGAAAAUCAGUUAUGUUGAAUACUGUAUUCACACUAUAAAAACAUCUCAUCAGAUUUGUGAUCUCUCUCUUUCUCUCUUUCUCUCUAUCCCUCUCCCUCUCUGUGUUUUGUUUGAGUUGGAGGUCUGUCUUCAGAGAGGGAUAGACCAUCUCUGUUUUGUCAUGAGUGGAUUAUGCCUGUGAUGAAACAGUGAGGGGAUUGAGGGAAGAAGCCACUGGCCUGGCCUGCCCUUGUCAUAAGGUGUGUGUGUGAGUGAGACACCAGAAGUCCCCACAAGAAUAGUAAACAAACAAAACAUUUACCAACUGGGAACAUUUUGUUUGUCCUCACAGGGUCAAAUGCUAUUUCUAAGGGGGUUAAGGUUAGAAUUAGGGUUCACGGUUAAUGUUAGGUUUUUGGGUUCAUGUUAGCGUAAGAGUAUGAGUUAGGGUUUAGGAAAAAUAGGAUGUUGAAUGGGACUGAAUUUUGUGUCCCCACAAGGUUAGCUGAGAGAGUGUGAGGAUCUGUGUUUAUUGCACUAUAACCCAAUACUAUAUCACAUGUGAUAUAAUAUUAGCAACUGGAUUGUCCACAAGAAGGCGCCAUUGGACAUUUUAAGCUGAUUUUAAGCAUAUGGGCCUGGGAACACAAUGAAAAUUAGUUAGGAUACGUUUUUUUAAAAUAAAAGGUAGACUCGUGUUAAGUAUUUAGAACAUAUUUUAAGCCAACAGGGCAGGAAAAAGAUGAACAUAGAAAAAUAGUGAUUUUAUAAGGCUAACCCAUGUUAUUGUUAGAUAAAAUACAGUGGACUCCUGAAGGAGAUAUUUCAUUAGUACAGAAAGCAUAUGAUAUGGUUAGCAUUCGUUUUGGCCUCAUUUGAUCAUAGUGUGAAUAGUAUAAAGUGGACGGGGAUAUAUGACAUCUGUGGUGAUUCAGGAUUAUUGAUAGGAUCGAGAUAACCUUAUUUAACCUAUGUAAGGACUUUCGAAAUUGCCACCAUAGACAUGUUUUUUGUUUUUUUUUGUUUUGUAAUUCCAUGGGUUCAGAUAACAGUGAGACACUUAGUUAAUGUUUGGGACCAAGCUACAGACAGAUAAGGGAAAGGGCAGACAGAGGGGCCCUCCCCACACUGCUGAGACCUUGAAGGUUGGGAACAGAGAGAUAGGAGUGACACAGACUGGGUCACGGUUACUGAGGGGAGACAGAGGGAAUGAAAACUUAGUUGGGUUCAGGAACUAAGGGGCAGCACUGAUAACUUUUAAAGUAGAUAAGAUACUUGACAGAGAAUUGUUAGAUUUGCGCCAGUAUUGAUACAAGGGCGGAGCCAUGUAUCAAAAGGGGGAUGGAAUAGGGCACUUUGUAGUGUGGCCUAUUAGUUAAAUAUCCCUACAGUUGGUUUACUAGGAUAAUAAUGGAGGACAUUCUAGCUAAUCAGAUAGAAUAAAUGAGAAAUUGUUUGUUAACCAAAUCUGUAUGUCCAAGAUUUUAUGCACUACAGGUGAAUUACAGGAGAAGGUGAUUCAUGCAAUCCAGUCCAUGAGGAGAAUAGGUGGAAUGCAGCCCCGUUGGGAGGGGCCAUACCAAGUAUUCCUGGUGACAGCCUUUGCGGUGAGAAUAGCUGAAAGAACUACCUGGGUUCAUAUCGCACAUUGCAAGAGGGUAAGACACACUGACACUGCCGAACCAUCACAGAGUUAAGGAGAAGAACCGUAGCUAAUAAAGUUUGGGGGUCAACUCCUUAUCGAAGAUUUCCCUCAUCACUGUGUACGUUCAUAGAAGUGGAAGUACUGUCUGGCCUCUGACUGCUGAUAUGUUUUCUGGGAGAGGAUGGGGCUUUACAGGACUGCUGGUCGUCCUGAGCUGUCUGAUUGGGAUACGAUGGGGAUGGUUGCCAUCACAGUGCUGCCAAAACCACCACCAGUUCCAACAGGCCAAGGCCAGGUUCAGCCGAACUCCUCCACUACUUCAAGACCGGGUUCCACUUCGUCACCUAAGCUCUCCAAUCCGGUACAGGUAAUAAAUGUAAAGGAUAUCUCAGAUAGCGACCAAUUGGGGACUGAAACUGGCUAUGAGGGUAGGGAUAAUAUGUGGUUAGCCUAUAUGAGGUAUACAGCCAAAACACUUAACAGAAAAGACUGUGUGAUCUGUGGACAUGCUAGACCUGUUCUGGCUACUCACCCAUUUGCCCUUAGCAGUGGGGAAGGUUGGAUGUGCAUAUUGGAAAGUUUCUACCAUAAUAAGCCAAAUUCAACCCUGUGUAAAGCUCUGAGUCUUGUGUUCCCAGAAGUGCCCCCCCAGAAGGCACCGUGGGGGGUUAAGGCAUAUGGGGGAAAUGACAGCUGUAUCACUGGUACAGGUAGGGGUAUAGACUAUGGGAGGCUCCCUACUGCUGACUGCAUCACUAAUGUCACUAUUAACUAGAGGUGUUGCUGAUGUAUGGUGGAUGUGUGGACCUGCCAGGCGGUUGACCCCUAUUUUGAAAGGAGACUGGCAGGGCACAUGUGCUUUGGCCAGUCUGAUAACACCAUUGACUAUUAUUGAGGUUACAGCUAACCAACUCCUGGGAUCUGCACAUGACACAGAGGCUCGGGACCAACCCAGGAGACGGCAGAAACGUGACGCUCCUUGGUCCGAGGGUACAGAUAACAUCCACACCAACCUGUUGGGGGUCCCAAUAGGGGUCCCCUACGAAUUCCAGGCAUUAAACAGGAAUGAUGGCCUGUGGCAUUUGUUGCCCAUUAUUGGCCCAGCUAUUGUUGAUGCUAAGCAAACUGCCUGGAUCAAUUAUAUCUACUAUAAUCAACAACGAUUUGUUAACUACACCCACACCGCACUUACGGGGAUGGCUGAACAAUUGGAUGCCACCUCUCGAGCCGCUAGACAAAAUAGGCUAGCACUAGACAUGAUUCUGGCCAACCAGGGAGGUGUUUGUAAAAUGUUUGGAGAACAAUGUUGCACGUUUAUCCCUAACAAUACCAAUCCAGAUGGGAGCAUUUCAAAAGCUCUGAGCGGGUUGGAAAAGUUAUCUGUGGAGAUGAAGGGUCUUGCAGGUGUGGAGGAGAGUGGACUGUUCUCCUGGCUGGGUGGUUGGUUUGGUGAGUACACUGCAUUGAUGGUCACUGGAUGUCUGACCCUAAUAGUUGUAUUUCUUAUAUUAAUGUGCUGUGCUGCAUGUAUUAUCCUCUGUUUGAGGAAAUCUUUUACAGAUGUUGCGCACGCUGCGGUUAUGAUGCCAUUGCUUGCUCACGUUUGGGGGAUGCUGAGACUGCCUUGGCAGAGGAUGAUCCAUGGUUUGCUAUAUAAACAAAAUUGCUUAUUUUUAGUUUAAUUCAUUGCUUUUUGUUUCACAAUAUAUCCUUGUAAUCUUUUACCCUGUAUGUUGUCCUACCUUAUGUCAAGGUUUACAUUUCCUGGGUGGGUGUUAGCCAACCUAGUACCUGUUAGGUGUAGCAGGGUGGACUAGAUGGUUUUUUAUUCUUUAUACAAUAAAGGUGUGUUUCUUUUAAUCUUUGUAUUCUGAGUGUGACACCCUAAAAGGGUGUCAAAAGGAGGAGUCGAAAUGCAGCUUAGCGUAUAUCAUUUGUUGAUU